CCUGUUGUUAAUUUGCCAGAUGAACUCGGUGAAGCUGUCAUCCCCAUGGACAUGCUGACACAGAACCUGAGCUCCCGACAGAUCAUCCCUCUACAGAGAGCUUUAUCCAACGAUGACAGUAUCAACGCUUCUGUUACUGCUGAGUUCUUAUUCAUGGAGCCGUCAGCAGCUCAACAGGCCCUGAACUCGCUGCAUCCCCAGCCCUCCCCCAUCAGGCCCCACUACCCCACCACCCCCCAGAAGAAGGUGGAGACGUACCGGACUGUCACCGCCGGGGGUACGGUCAUCACCACACAGACCACCACGGUAGAAAGAGCGGCUAACGACAGAUCUGCACCUGGGUCCGUUCAUGAAUCUCCUGUCCAACAGAAGAAGUAUGAGGAUGACCUGGGAGUGGAGGACCAGUCUGGUUUGUUGUCUGUCCCAUCUCAGACACUCAGUGCAUCACAGGAGCUGUUGAUGAUCGAUGGAGUGGACUCUGUGGCAGAGACAGCAAUCAGGCAGCUGAGGGAGAUGUCCCAGCAACGCAGCAAGACCCCCACAAAAACCAGCACACUUAUCAUUACAGGAGUCUCUAGGGAGGAAAUGGAAAAUGAGGACAUGUCGUUGGAGGCUUCCGAUAAAAACAAACCAGCUAGCAUGACUGACUUGUCUCCCACGGGACUGGGUGCGUUGGUAGGGCCGGGUUCGGAGGGCUAUAUCUCAGGGGACAUCAGCGACAAGAGCAGCGACAAGCAGUCCCAGCCGGGCACCAGCGAGCACGACUCCCCCGCCCAGGACAGCGGCAAGACUCUACUGUCAGGAGUAUUCAAGAGAGCAACAGCUGCCAGGUCCUCCCUGUCAUUCUUGAGAGGCAGAAAGAAGCCAAACAAAGAAGUCCCAUCCACGGACGAGGCCCUGAUGUUGCAAGCGGGUGCCACUGCAUCCAGACGACGCUUCUUCCGCAAGAAGGAACGACCGCACAGCUCUCACAGCGAUCUCAUAGAAGCCCAGCAGUCUGAAGAGUCGACGUCAGUGGAGCUCCAACCGAAAAUAACACGGGAAACCAAGGCCAAGUCAAAAAGUACAUCCAAACUUUUUUCCAAGUUCUCAUUCCGGGCCCUGAGCAAAGCAUCCAAGAGUGCAAGUUACGAGCAGUUAGUGUCCAAUUCGGAGACAACCAGCUUACGGAGUUACGGGGCUCGUGCCUCGACUUACAGCUACGGAAGUGCCCGCUACAGCGGCAUCAGUGGGAACUUGGAGGAGAUGUCCAUCACUGUGUUGGAGACAAAGAAGAAAGGACAGCUCAGACAUUAUUUAAUCCCACCUGAGCUAGCAAGACGAAGAACUCUGAGAAGGAGAGGGAAGAAACUUCAUGUGCAUAAUGACCACUCAUUUGUAGCCAAGCACUUCAAAGGGGUACCGAGGUGUGCUGUUUGCGACCUGGCCAUAGCCCGAAGGAUUGGCAAAGGGGGUUAUGAGUGCAGAGACUGCAAGCUGAUCUGCCACAAGGAGUGUCAUUUCAGGACAGAGCUGUACUGUCCCAACAGCCGUGUAGGGCAGAUGGAAAUCACAUGCUAAAUUCUUCCCUGUGGAUCUUCUGACAAGAUUGACGUUUGCAUCGUACAAGGAGCACUUCCUGAAGACUGUUCCGAGGAGAAGGUGGAGUUGGUGGGGCAGGCCUCGCAGUGGUCAGCGACUGUGACAGACGCGAAGCAGUGCCCAGAAGCAAAAUGGCGCUCUGAAUUAGGGCAUUGUGUACCUAAACCCUGUACCUGUUGUCCAUUGUAAAAUUGCUUAGGACUUGAACACCCUGUAGGACCUGUGUACCUCUACCUUUAACUGAACAAACUAGGCCACUUUUUCAGACUUAUGAUAAUUAUGUAAAUCCUGUCUCAAAGAUGACAAUUUUGAUAACCUGCUGAUAAAGCCUGUAACAUUAUAUUGGCUCAUAGUGCCAAGAGGGUUGAAGAUUGAAAAAUAAACCUUGGACCUGAGACUGAAAUAAGUAAAUUUUACACAUGCACAAAUGCAAGACAAUCUACAACUGAGAAAGACAGUUGGGUACAUGUUUAACUUACAGAUAUUUUUGUUAAGGUACAAGUACAGGUCAGGACCUGUACCUAAACUUCUGUAUCUGUACCUGUGCCUAAGAUUUGUUAAGUUAUACAGCUCAAUACUGAAACUUACAAGUGCAAAGAUGAUCACAUGUUGCUUUUAUUGGCUACUUUUUAGUGUUACUUUGGAGAUUUCUGCAAGUCUUUAAAAGGAAACAUCACUAGAAUCAUUAUCAUCUUGCUAAGCUGCUUCUGUUGUGUAGAGCACAGUGGUUAAGGGAAGGUGUGAGAUGGUGAAAUAGGUCUGAUUUUAGUUGGCAAAACAAAGAAAGAAAGAAAACUAACUUUAAAAAACUGUCCAACUACAGACCCCCAUCCAAACUGGGCAUCUAUGUCUGGAAUGGUAGUCCUCUCACCAUGCAUGAGAGUUUCAGAAGGCAAAGGGCAACUCUUAAAGGAGUAUGAAAGAAUGUCUGUGUAAUGUUAACGUUAAGAUCACAUUUCCAAUCCAGGGCCAGGCCAGGACGUUGCAGAGACUAAAAUGUAUGACAUUAAAGAAAAAAAAAAAAGAAACCCCAAAAAAAGAUUCAAGAGCAUUGCUUGUGCAUUUUUAUUGAUAUAUAAAUUUAUGUUUCAUUCCCGAAACCAGUCUGCCUUGGCUCCGGUUGAGAAAUGUGACCCUAACAUUAGCAAGGUUUGACCGUGAGGUGGACUAUUUCUUUGAAUGCAAAGAAAAACACCUGUGUGAGACCAGGCAUUUUUACUGGCAACUAUCAUGUUGGAGGUAAAUGAAUUGUGUCAGGGUCCAAGAAGACAUGAAACAACAUGGCUUCAGGCAAGAAUGAGAACUGUUGAAAGAAGAUAAGUUGAUGAAUGUUUGAUCAGCAAUAUUGAAUGAUGUUAACUUGGCCCUUUACACAAGGUCCUGCUUACUUGCUGUGUUAUUGAACAAGGGAACACAUUCAAGUCUUAAGAAUCUAGGUGUUCAGAAAUUGACGUGCAACACUGCAUGAAUAGACUGAAGUCUCAUCACCUUGUUCCAAAUGCACGGAAGAACUUUUUACAGAAAACUUGUCGCUUAAAAGAACUAGCUCAUGGUAGCUCUCAAUAACAUGUACAUUCUGCUGAAAACUAGAGUAUGAUGUGCUUCUGGGGAGUAUUGGCCACAUUUGGAAGACUUAGUAUAUUAGUAAACAAAGGAUAUUUUGCACAUUGAUUUCCCCUAUGAUUCUUUCCAGAAAACAAUUCUUCAUAUGUUUCACACAGUGGUGGAUGUAACGCUGGUUCACCUUUAUCCGAGGGUAACCUAUUUUCAUUGUUUGUACAAAAAAACGUAUGUAGGGAUAUAGAGUCAACGGACGGUGGUUUAAAAUUGGAACAUUUUGAAAAUAUUGCAAAUUUGAAACCAUUACUGUCAGCAGACUUGAUACUCCUAAAUGUGCUGUUUUUAAAGAUAAAGGUCACCCCAUGGAUAAAGGUGAACUUAAGCAUUACAGGUAAUGUUAUUCUAGUUGUGCAAUCUCCCAAGUGUUUGAAUUCACAACACCAACCCAAGUUUUCUCUUUAAAUUUCACAUAACAAUAAGAAUGAAAAAUUGCCUUUUCCUGUUUGGUUUCCUUGAUGUUGUUUUGUGCAAACAUUCCGGUUGUUUUGUGAACAUGGAGCACAGCCAUUGAGCUGAUGUUUAUUUAUUUAUCAAAAUGAGGGGUCAAGUACCGGUAGUGACCGGUUGUAGAUCGUGCGCCAUCUUCUAUUCUUACGCGUCAUCCAUGGAGGUUGGUGUGUAGCUAUUAGUACCAUCUGCAGCCAGAUAUCAUUGUUACAGGUUUGUGCUUCAAUUUUUGGCUUCAGAUGUACCCUGAUCAUGAGAUGUUUUGAUCACCGGGUUACAAAAAUUAAGUUGCUUAGUUCUUUUUGAUUUUCAAUAAAGUUGUUUAAGAAAGUCAUCAGAGUACUGCUUACAACA